ACAUUGCUUCAUUGGAAUUAAAUACUUUGAGAAUGGCUUCAAAUACAACAAUUCAUGAUUUACGAGUUAGUGUAAUACCUACGAUAUUAGGGCAAGUCAAUAUUGCCAAUUUUUUAACUAGUACAGAAGAUGACCAUUGUGCGAAAACACCGAAUCAUUCCAAACUUUUCGCUCCGGCAAUAAAAAAGCUAUAUUUUUUGGACGUAUUGGAUGAGGAAGCAAUUCUGGAAUGGAAUUCAUCUGAUCUCACUGAUGGGGACCCUUCAAAAUCUAAUAUAAAAAAGCGGGUGGCACCAUUUAUAAAAUGGUUGGAAGAAGCUGAAGUCGAGGAUUCUGAUGAUGAUGACUAA